AUGCACUGGUGGGAGUGGAUGGAGCGGACCUAUGCAGAAGCUCAUACGCUAAUCACUUGGCCGAUGUUUAAGGAGGAGUUGCGGUAUCAGUUCGGGAAAUUUGAAGGGUGGGCCCCGGAGCAGCUGGCCAAGCUGCGCCAGACAGGGACGGUGGCGGAGUAUAGGGCCGAGUUCUUCAAACUGGGUAACCAAUGCAAGGGUGUUCCAGAAGAGACAUUGGUGGGCCUAUGCAUGGCGGGACUCCGUCCGGAGAUUGCAGCUGAUGUCCGGGUAUUUGAGCCAGAUUCACUACGAGCUGUUUUCCGUCUUGCAGGUAAUAAGGAGGAGGAACUGGCUAGCUGGCGGGGUGUGAUAGGCCGAUAUCAGAAGCCGAGCGGAGGAGGAAGUGGUAGCGGGCCGAGUAGUGGGCUGGGGGUCCCGGCUCCGGGUCCGAGCACGGGAGGGGGUGCGACGAGUGGUCCACCCACCGCGGCCAUUCUAGCAGGACCGAGGGCACCGCCCAAGGGAUUUACUAGGCUAUCCCCUGCCGAGAUCGAGCAAAAGGGGCGAGAAGGAAAAUGUUUUAACUGCGACGAGAGGUUCACCUUUGGUCAUAAAUGCGGGAAGCCUGAUCUAAUGUUCUUGGUGGGGCGCUGGGAAGAUGAGGUCGAGGACGAAGCGGUGGAGGAUUCUGGAGCAGGGCAAGAGAAGCUUCAACCUUGA